CUAGUUUCAUGCACUUAUUAGACACACAAAGGCAUACCAAAUUGAUCGCUGUAUAAAAUACAUAGUACAUUCGCCCAGUAAAAUUUACGAAAGUAAAUCGGCUGAUUUAAGUUUAGGAAAACUAAACUCGCACUAGUGUACAGCAGUUGUUCAACGCGAAAUGACAGACCACACAUCCGGAAAGUAAAUUUUUAUACGAACAAGGAAGUUGAAUAAAGUUGAGUUUGGGGUGGUGAGAUUUUCUCAUUUCCCCAUUUCAUUCUCAUGACGCGAGCCGGUGCAUUUGAAAAGUAGUUCCCCGCUAUUUGAUCACCAAAUCGUGGAUCUGAAACACACUAAAAUAUGGAGCAACCGCCGAUCAAAAAGGGGUAUCUGUACCGGCCGCAGAAAACCGGACUGAAGAAAUCCUGGGUGAAGCGAUGGGCACUGCUCUACCCAGCGUCGGAGACCCAACCCCCUCGUCUGGAGACCUACGACAGCAAGGAAGCGGCAGCCAAGGAGGGGACCAAGCCCUCUGUAUGUCUGUCUUUGUCAAGCUCCUCUCAGGCUACUCCCACCACCCAGCAUCGGUCCAGAGACUUUGUCCUGGAUAUCAGUAUCGAGGACAAGGUUUACACCUAUGCUGUUGACUCUAAGGAGGAGUUGGACACUUGGCUUCAAGUCUUUGAAGAGGUCGCCAGAGGUCGUUCCGGACAUAAAGAAACAUCAGGACACAGGUCAUCCAUUGUUCCCGACCUGCCCUCCUUCAGCGGUGACGCCGGGGAAGGCUUACAGGAAAACACCUUGUAUGAUUCAUAUGAGACAAUGUCAUUCAAUGUUGAUAUCAAGUCCACUGCCUUCAGUGACUCCCUGAACCUCUACGGCAAUUUCACCCUGCAAAUUGACUCCGUCAAACUGUCCCUCUUGGACGAGCACACCAACAACAUGCUGUACGCCUGGCCGUACAGGUACCUGCGGCGGUACGGCCGGGACAAGACGUCUUUCUCCAUGGAGGCUGGCAGAAAAUGUGAGUCAGGCCCCGGCUUGAUCAUCUUUGAGACUAACGACGGCAACGACAUCUUCAAAAACAUUCAGAAUUUUGUCAACAACAUCUCGGGAAGGCAUAUGACUCCUCCAGCCCAAUCCAACCAGAGCCACGGCGCCAGCAGGGACGGGCACCACAUCAAGCCAUCUAUCCCUGGAAAGCCGGCCAGCCCUGGUAAGGUGGGAGCCAAGCCCCCCUUAGUAGCACCCCGUGCUGGUAUCCAAAUGGAUCCCGUCAGCGCCCUGGUCACUGAGAGCAGCCUUUUUAAGCAGAAGCAGAAAGAGCGGAAAGGGGCGGAGGAGCAGGUGGAUGAGCUUGCAGGGAAGGAACCCGUCCCCUGGAAGCUCAAGUUAGGGAAACCCAAAGGUACCAAGGAGAGGCAACCCACGCCUCCUGAACCCGAUCCCGAGCCUAAGGCCCAGCCAGAGUUUGAGCCUGAUCCGUUGUACUCUGAGGUGCAAGAAAAUCCCAAUAAGCCAACCAGUGAGCCUGUCCCACCCGAGCCAGAGGAGAUGUAUGCCCUCCCAGAGGGCACUGAACUCCCCCUCCGGCCGCCCAUGCCAAAUGUCACCGAUCUUCCUGAGUCCAGUGAGUAUGAUUUCCUGAACACAUCCGGUACCCCCAGCGGUUUGUACGACACAACCAUAGAAGAGCCCUUGGGUGAUGCCUGGAGGAUCUACGGUCGCACUGAAGACAACAUCCACACUGAGCACUACCUAAAAGGCCUGCGAAUUGUUGAGGACGAGGAAACAAGUAGGGAGCCUGAACCAGCCAAGCCUGUCGUCAAACCCACACCCCUCAGGUCCAAACCUCCACCAAAGCCCACCCCCUUGCCAAAGACACGACCGACUCUCCGUAAUGCCAAGAAGACCAAAGCCCCCGAUGCCAAAAAGGACCCAGUGGCUGUGCCAAAUGAUCCCGAUGAUCAAACGUACGACAGGGUUGGGUCAUUACCGGCGCCAAGCGUGAGCGUGGGGCCAUCGCCAGCCAACGACCAAGACACGUAUGACCACUUUGUCCGCCCCUCUAUUGCCCACCCGGUUCCCGCCCCUCGGAAGGGCAACAUCAGUCAAACGUCACAAAUAGAUGACGAAUCUGAACUCUAUGAUCACCUCCAGCGAGAGACCAACAAAGGGGGAACACGGAUAGCCCCUAAGACCUACGUACCCAAGCAGAAGUCAAUUGAUCCCGAUGAAGCUUACGAUGUCUUGCGCCAUGAUGACCAAGCCUUUGGAAGCAGUGGAAACUUGAACAACCUGGGAGCAGGGACACUACCCGAGGAGUCGCAGUACUCUGAGGCUAACAUGCCUGCCCAGCCGUCAUCGCUAGACCCCAGCACUAACGACUUGGAGGAAAACGUGUAUGAUGUGGUAGCGUAUGGUGAAACAUAAUAAGUUGUACAGUCAUAGGCCAUUUUGCUGUCUAGGGCCCUUUUUAUUUUGUUAUUUUAUUUUACAUGUAUAUUGAAUUUAUAAACAGGACAUGCUAUAGAGUGGUUUCCUGAAACUCUACUCCGGCACACCGCUGAAAAAUUAAACAUCUCGAUGAAAACACUAAACAUCUUGAUAACUUACAGGAAUUAAAAACGAGAUAAAUGCUCUGCAUUCCAAACAACAUUGAUGUUAUGAGAUCAAGUGAAAAUGAAAGCUGUUUUAGGCUUAUCUUAAUCAUGGUCGCCAGGGUUUUAUUUGUAAGUGAUGUGUCUGCCUUAUUUGACCGUUUGACAUUGCAAGCCAACAAAUGAAUUGAGCCUUCCCCCCCCCCCCAAAAAAAAGGUAUCUGUAAAGUAUCAGGCAUGAACAGUGUUACCGCAAACUCUCGUUAUUUCUUCGCCAGUGAUUUUAUACACAGCGUACAUGUGUAUGUUCAGCACUUUGCAAGAAAAGUCCUUGAACAUGUUGAAUGCUCCAGGAAGCAAAUUGUGUACAUUAAAUGUAGGUACAUACAUGUAUGUACACAUGUGGUGCGGCGUGCUCAUGCAUACUUUCUCUUGCAUUCUUGUUGCUUGAACAAUGAUUGAACCCACAGUGUUACGGUGUGAUUUCACUGUCAGACAAAUUGUUGAACUUGUAUUAGAAAGUGCAUUGUGUCCACCAGUUUUUGUGCUCACGGCACUACGUACAUCAUUAUUACCCUGCUCAUUGGGCCAGUGAAACAUUCCAAAUACAAUCUCAGCUACGGGGAGUAAACGGCUCGAGGCUUCCAUUUCGGCACAUAGCAGCUAUCAAAAACCAAUCACAAUAACCAUCUCUGCCCUCACAUGUACCCAUUUACUCC